GCCUAUGGGAUCAACAGCAUCCUCUACCAACGGGGCAUCUACCCCCCCGAGACCUUCACCCGCGUGCAGAAGUACGGGCUCACCCUCCUCGUCACCACCGACUCCGAGCUGAAGAACUACCUCAACAACGUGGUGGAGCAGAUGAAAGAGCUUUCCUAUUUUUCCAGUGCACCACGAGAAAAAUCUCAGAAAGCUAUUCAGGAUGAAAUCCGGUCUGUCAUCAGACAAAUAACUGCCACAGUAACUUUUCUGCCGCUGCUGGAAACUACCUGUGCCUUUGACUUGCUGGUAUACACAGAUAAAGACUUGGUAGUGCCAGAGAAAUGGGAAGAAUCAGGACCACAAUUCAUAGCCAAUUCGGAGGAAGUUCGUCUUCGUUCCUUCACUACUACCAUCCACAAAGUAAAUAGUAUGGUGUCUUACAAAAAGGAUUCAUUUCUCUAA